AUGCAUACAACAGCUCAACUGAGCCAGUCAGGAACACGGAACGGACGAGGCGGACUCUGCAUAUGGGAGCCUGCCAGAAACACAGGCAGAAAGAGGCAGUGUCCUGUCUGCCUAGCCAAGAAAGACUACCUUCAUAGGGAGAAUCUGCUUCUGCCAACCCCGUCAUCACGGCCAAGUCGUUCCUUGAGGGGGGUUAAAAUUGCAGUGAAAGUUGGAGACCAGAUCUCUGCCAACCCGCCUGCAGCAGCUUACUAUGCAAUGGCUUACCCGAACCAGCCAGGAACGCAGCGAGGUGGAAGCGUCAUCAGACGAAUGACCUCGGAAGACAUCCUUACGAACUACACGUUUGGUCUACCGAAGGCGCGAUAA